AUUCACUCAUACACAAUCCAGACCACGUUCACCUGUUCUCAUAUGUGAUUAAUUCCUCUCUAUAUAGAUUUUUUUGUCCUCUCGCGUUUCGCUAAUGUGCUUGGUUCGCGAGGCAAACGUUCGAAAAAAAUUUAAACGUAGAAGAAAAACUGUAUAGUCGACUCGGUGGAUCGAUAUUCCGGCUAGAUCGCGAAUUUCUUCGUAUCGAAUAUAUUGUAGUUAGUUGUUUUUUUUUUUUUUACUGUGCGAAAUGAAAAUCAACGUGAAUAGUGCUUUUUGCAGAAAUUUUAAAACCACGUCGGUUUGGUUUACCAUUUUACUGUUAACCAUCAGCAAUACCGUUACAGCUCAGGAAGAAUCAUUAGCCAGUAGCUUUUUAUCAGGUUUAUUAGACACGAUCACCAGCACUGCGGAUAGCAAAGACUGUCCUGGCGUAUGUGUACAUACGUUAGCGACAUUAAUUUGUUACGAAGUAUUGGAAAAUGUCGUCUGCCCUAGUCCAUCUAUGAAAUGUUGCGUUGAGCCGCCGCCAAAUAAUGUAUCAACGACAACCACGAGUUCGGUACCGUAUACACCACCUCAGCGUUACCAAGGUUCUACAAUAACCACCAGCAGACCACCCGAUAAUCCUUCAACUCCAAUCAUCAGUAAAAAAACAGAAGUGAUUACUGAGUCCAGUACCGUCAAGUCAGGGACUGCAUCGACGCAGGAUUCUGGAAAUGCGGGAUCGGGAAAAGCUUGUCCGGGCGUCUGUGCUGCUGAAAGUAUCGCCGUCUACUGCGAAGCGGUGAUAAAUACGGCGGAUUUAUGCAAACCCGGAUAUAAAUGCUGCUUUUCCACCGGCGCUAAUGGAAAUUUAGACGCGAAACCACCUAGUUUCAUUCCAUACGACAGAAACAGGACAACGAGCACCAGUCCAACCCCUUCGAUGGCCGAUCAAUCUCAAACCAAUGGCCAUAUAAAUCACCCAGUGUCAACGAUUACCACAACCGCGCCAACCAGACAGACACCGAAUUCAAGAGUAUGCCAAGGCGAAUGCGUAAACGGUCUUUUGGCUCUAUUUUGCGACGAUAUCGACUCGAAUGCCAAUUGCGGCGAGGACGAAAGCUGUUGCUUGACGAAUCCUACGACUCAGUCGGCUCCUUAUACCACUUCGUCUUAUUUAUACAAUUCGAAUACUUCGCCGAGAACGCCUCCGACGCAGUAUUCUUCCAUGUACACCACCACAGUGUCGACAACGACCAAGUCUAAUUUGCCCAAAUGUCCGGGGUUAUGUUUAUUACCAAUAAUGGCGGCGUUUUGCGAACGUCCGGCGGUCAUCAUACAACAUACGUCUACUUGUAAACAAGGCUCUAUUUGUUGCGAUAAAUCGAGGGCCAGUACUAGUCAUAAACCCAGACCACAUACCACCGUUUCAACCACCACACCUGCUCCGACCACAACCACACCAGCUCCUUACGAUCCUAGACCAGAAUGUCCAGGAUCGUGUAUCGUUUCCAUAUUGUCUUUCACCUGUUUCAGAAAUGCUGAGACGACCGAUGUAUUCAAAUGUCGUAAAGAAGGGACGACGUGUUGCGCGCCAAAGUCAUCGAUUAGAGAAACUGUCGAACAAAAAAUACACAAUUUCCCAUCGAUACAGAGAAACGACACCGUACAACCUUUCAGACCGCAAUUACCACCACCACAAUUUCACCAUCAACCAGUGAUAACUUCAGUGCCACCAUACUUCAGUAGUACCACAACUCGAGCUCCGGUGUACAAUAAAUACGUUUGCGGUGUAAAAGGUACGGCGAGAGAAAGAGGAGGUCGUGUAGUCGGAGGAGAAGACGCUGAACCUGCAGAAUGGUGUUGGCAAGUAGCUCUGAUAAAUUCUCUGAACCAAUAUUUAUGCGGAGGAGCGUUAAUUGGAACGCAAUGGGUGUUGACAGCAGCUCACUGUGUAACAAAUAUUGUACGAUCAGGAGAUGCGAUAUAUGUUCGAGUUGGAGAUCACGAUCUUACCAGAAAAUAUGGUAGUCCAGGAGCGCAGACUUUGAGAGUAGCCACAACUUACAUUCAUCAUAAUCACAAUUCUCAAACUUUGGAUAACGAUAUAGCUUUACUCAAGUUGCAUGGUCAAGUCGAACUCAAAGAUGGAGUUUGUUUGGUAUGUCUACCUGCGAGAGGUGUGAAUCAUGCAGCAGGCAAAAGAUGCACAGUCACUGGUUAUGGUUAUAUGGGAGAAACUGGUCCUAUACCAUUACGAGUUAGAGAAGCCGAAAUACCCAUUGUCAGUGAUCCCGAAUGUAUAAGAAAGAUCAACGCUGUCACUGAAAAAAUAUUCAUUUUACCAGCUAGCAGUUUCUGUGCAGGAGGUGAAGAAGGAAAUGACGCGUGUCAGGGUGAUGGAGGAGGUCCAUUAGUUUGUGAAGAUGACGGAUUCUAUGAGCUGGCUGGAUUAGUCUCUUGGGGCUUUGGCUGUGGCAGAGCGAGUGUACCAGGAGUUUACGUGAAAGUAUCAUCAUUUAUUGGAUGGAUUAACCAAAUAAUUAGCGUAAAUAACUUGUAACCAUAUUAUAAUAAUUUAAAAACUUUCAUUAUUGUUUGAUUCUAUUCAUUUUUAUUUAUUUAAUUCGACUAAGUAUUUGUUAAUUUAUUCAUUUUUUUAAAAACCUCUAAAUACCUUUCCUACUUCAUGUUGUAUUUUUUCUUAUACUUAUUUUUCAAACUAAUGCUGAUUAUCUUACGCGCUUCUGUGAAUGCGCAAAUGUUACAAAAUAAUAUUAAUGAUCACAUACUGAUGAUAAGAAGAAACAAGUGGCAUCAUCGCAUGGGAUGAAAAUAAUAUUUUCAAAAUUGUAAGUUAUUUUGUUGUACUUAUUACAAAUUAUUUAUUUUUAUUGUUAUUUAAAUUGAACUGCAACCGAUCACUAUUACUUGUUUGGUAAAAGAAAAUAUACCCAAUGAGGAUUAUAACAGGUUGCCUAAUUUUGAGUGGCAUAUGCAUUAGUUCAUCUUUUUUUAUUGUUUUGCAUGUUAUUUUUUUAAAAUUGUGUAAAUAAUUAUGUUUUUAAUGAAUGUAAAUGUUUAGAUAAAGAGAGAACAAGUCAAUUUUUUGUAUAAUUAUUUAAAUAAGUUACUUGAUUUUUCUUUUGAUACGAUGUUGUAAAUAUAAUAUUAAUGUUUUCAUAAA